AUGGUUCAGAUUCCUUCCUUAUUUUCCGGCUUCUAUUUUUCGCAAAACCCCAACCUUUUGAGUGGAGUUAUUUUUUCUUUUUAGUUGCUAAUAUUUCUAAGCCUGAUGAGAGACAAAGUAGUACUCUAAGACCUUUUGUUGCUAAGUCCAAAUCGAUAGUUGAAUCCAAAUUAUAGCAUCUUGAUAUAACACUCCUAAAGAAGAAUCCAUCGUUUUGAAGCGACAAUAUGGAGGUAUAUUCUGCCUUUAGAGGUCACAAAUUUGGACUUCUAAAGAACAUACCUUUUUCUUCUAUCGCUAGGUCCCAUUUCGCUGGUAAAGAUCGCCGAUCUGGGCUGCCAAAGAACUCAUUAGUUUCUUGCACAACUAGGUCUAUUAUUGAUCAAAGCCAAACCCAUUUCACAUUUAGCUCCUUUCGGGCACAACCAGUAGUGCAAGAAUCUGCAACUAAGGGCAUUUUACAGAGGUUACCUGUUGGCCAUUUGCAUAGUUUUGGAUUCAAGAUUAUCUCAAAGUUGUACUUGAAGAAUAUUUCUCCUACUGAAUUGGAGAAGGAAAUUAUGAUAAAGGAUGUGUUAUUUCUCGCGAAUGGGCCGGAGAAGGAGAAUACAAGGGAUACAACUGAUAAGGUGAUGCGGAAUGAGAAGGUGGAUGAAGAUGCAACCGGGAAUGAGAAUGUGAUUGAAGAUGUGAAAGAAAAAUGUAAUAAGAAAGAGAAUAUGAAUGAGCAGACUAAUUCGAGGGGGGAGCUGAAUGUGAAGGAGAAAGAGUUGCUGAUGGAAAGGGAGGUAUUUGAUGAAACUUAUAUUAAAAGAUUCAACACUUAUGUUGAUUGUUCCUCUCCUCCGCGUCAUAUAUUUGACAAACAUAUCAGAGAUAGUGGUAACCUAAUAAGUUUAUAUUGAUAAUUAAUAACUCACAAAUUAGAGAAUAUUUAGGGUCUAAAUACCUAAAUAUACGCUUACCAAAUAUCCUAGAAAAGUUCCAUACGUUAAGGAUCUGAUGACAUUCACCUUAAAUAGGGGAUAUUACCUUAUUUUUAGAUUAUAUAUAUAAUAUAUAUGUUGUACAAUUUGUAAUUCAAAACGAGGUUGUAUAUUAUGGAAUAUUUUUCAAAUCCUUAAGUAAUUAUGAAAAUUCUCAUUCUAUAACACAUGUAGAAAUUAUUGUCAUAUUUUAGCCUCAAAAUGUCUUCACUUUACCAUGCUUAUUAUCUAUCAUAUAUUACACCUUGUACGAUUAUUACGUGCCAAACGCAGGAAAAUGAUCGAAAAAUUAUUUUCCAAAAGUAAAAUAUUUUCCAUUGAAAUAUUUUCUCCAACUCUAUUCACUGGUGUAAUUAUUCCUUAUCAUUUAGUCAGGUCUUAGGCAGGAAAUGCAAAACAAGGCAAGACAUCAUUAGUUUUGUGAACGGCAGGGCUAAGAACGGACAUUAUAGGAGCUAAAAAUCAAGUGUAGCAUGAUGUGGGAGUGUCAAUUGGAUGAAGCGUUGGGAAGGAUUAACUUCUUAUUCAAGUGUCACAUUAUUUCUUCGUCAAAAAUCAAAUCAUCCAAACUCUCUAAAUUCCAAUGUUCUUGAGUACCAAUAAAUCGUGGCCCGACGGUCAAUGGAGUACUAUAUUGUAUACGGUCGAAACUAGCUUCGUCCAUUGUUUGUCCACUCGAGGAUGAAAUAUGGCAGGUCAAAGCUCGAGCUUGGGUUAUAUCGAACCAAGGCACAAAAGUAGCGUCGAGCUCGUGACCCAGAGACCGAACAAGAUCGAGAUCGAGCA